AUUAUUGCUUUGAUUCCGAAAAUAUCUAUUGAAUUUCAGGUAGUAUUAGAGACUACUUGACACACAUUAUCUUCGGUCUUCAUGACCAUUCUGCCGAGUAGGGGUGAUUUAAAGAUGGGGAAGCAUAGAGGAGGUGAAGAGACUCUCCAAAGCAUCAAUGUAUCCAUCCCUUCAUGCAUUUUGUCCUUCAUUCAAGGAUGACUUAUGGAGUACCUACCAAUACCAGAUGAUUCAAUGUGGCAAAUAAGGUGGCGCAGAGUAUAGUGAUGGGCCCUGUGCUGGACUCCACUGUCUGGCUAGGAAACAGAAAAUGAUCCACAGUUGUAAGAGAAGUGUGAUGUGGUGCAGAAGCAUCAAGGAAGUAUGCCUAACCCAGUCUUAGAAGAUUCCCAAGCUGAUGUCCAAACUGAGACUUGGAGGAUGAGCAGAUGUGAUCUAAGGGAGGAUGAAGUGGUGUGAGAUGACAUGGACCAUGUUACAGGCUAGAAUUGUGGGAGGCGUGGCUGGCACCUGGCUUUGUGAGGAACUAAAGCUUCAUCUGCAGUGGGAGUGGAUUGUUAAGAGAAUCUGGAAAUUAGAAGAGUAUACGUUAGGAGGCUGGAACUGGAGCCCUGGUCAGUUGUACCCACUACUAGGGAGCUAUAGGGCUCAGCAGAGGUGUUUCCAUGCUUCCUGGGCUCCUGGAAAUGUGUACUGGGCCAGGCCACCUCCUAGGUGGGUCUGUGCGGCAUCCUCGCUAUAUUAUAGUGGCUUCAGUGCCCUCUAGUGUCCACUGGUUGUAGUACAACAUUUCCCACCAACAUAUGUAACCAACUGGACCUGUACUAGAUUGGGAUUAGUAGAGACACCUGCUCUUACAGUUUUCCAAAUUAAGUAGAUGAAACUGUGAACAGUGUUGAGAGAAGGUGACUGAAACACGAGCAGGAUGGAAGGGCACUAGGGAGGUGAUCCACCCUGCCUAGGUGGGAUGAGGGCAGGUUCCCAGAAGACACAGCUUCUAGCUGACUUUUGAAGACUAUUCAGGGGGAGAGGUGGCUCUGGGGGCCCAGAGGGAGAGCACGAGUUAAGGUGAAGCAUGGAGCAGCUGUGUUUGCCUGGAAUUAGAAGAAACUCUCUCUGGGUGAAGUGCGGGUUGCGGGGAAAUAUGGUACAUUUCUGUAACCAUAAUACUGAUAAGAUGCAGGCAGGAGGAGCUCAAGUGUAAGGCCAGCCUGGGCUUCAAGGCAAAAUCCUAUCUCAAAAAAAAAAAAAACUAAUGGAGGGAAGAUGAAGAUUAGCUGGAGGUGGGAGAUGGGAGCUACAUCACCUAAGGAUCUAUGAUACCUGCUACUAGCUUAUUUACUGGGGAUUUAAAGCAUGGAACCAUGCUCAAAGCUUCUCUACCCUUUGGAAUCAUACAUCCAUCUUAGCAUCUGAUGAAAUCUAGAGAAUAUAUUUCUCUGAGAAUACUUUCCAUACAACUCCCUCCCAUGCCUACCAACGAACCACAGACUUCCAAACUAACCAUAGUAUAUAUAUAAGUAAGGAAAGCCUAUCAUGGCCUCCAAAGAUUUGCAAUAUUGAACCCCUUCUGCACCUCCAGCCAGCCUCAUGCAUGUCUCUGUAGUUUACCCUCAGCCACAUUGGCCUUUUUCAAGUUCCUGGAAGUGGCACCUCAGGCCUUUUCUUCUGCAUAGAAUUCUUUCUCCUUCCUGUCUCCAUGUGAACAUAGUGUCUGUCUCCUCUCACACAUAAGCUUCCUGAAGACAGGACAUUAUCUACCUUUAGUACCCAGCACUGUGCCUAGUCCACAGUAUCUGCCAGAAAAAAGGACUCACUAGUACCCUGUGGCUGGAAAAAACUCCUCACUCUGAAUUCAUUCAGUUCCUUGUGAUUCAUUAUAUAAGUUUAUGUAACAUGCUUAGAUAUGCCUGAAUCACACAAAGGCAGUUCAUUAACAGGUAUUUUCCUAGAAUUCUUCCCUAUCCCUGAAGCAAAUGGGUUUCUCAAAAGUCCCCCUCUGUCCACUGGGAGAAGGGUCAGAUUGAUUCUCUUGCUUAAGUGAGACUCUUCCAUUAUCAUGGGCAUACUUGAGCCUAUAGAAUCUUGACAAGAGCCUAUAAGGUAAGCCAGUUGUGGUGGCACAUGCCUAUAUUUCCAGCACUCAGCAAGCUGAAACAGGAGCAUUGCUGUGAGUCUGAGGUCAGUCUGGGUUACAUAACAACUAGCAGGCCAGCCCAAGGUUUUGUAGCAAGACCCCAUCUCAAAAAUUGACAAAAUGAAAAAAAAACAGUGCUCUGAGGUAACCAAGCAUGGUGGGGUAGCAUAUACCUGCACUCUCAGGACUUGAGAGGCUGAAGCAGAAGGAUUAUGAAUUUGAGGCAAGCCUGGGCUACAGAGCAAGACUCUUUGAAACAAACCCAGUCGAAUUUCUGGAGUAGGGGAUUGUCAGUCCUCUUCUAUAGGUAACCAGAGUCUCGGGGAUAAACCCAGACAAAUGAUUACAUUGAACCUACUAGGCUCCACAGUGCAGGUUUUAGACUUCUCAGAGAGUAAGAGGCUUGCCCAAAGUUGUAUAUCAGCAGCCUUACAGUCAGGACUACAAUUUCUGUCCUCAGCUGCUGCCGGGCUAAGACGAAGGUCUGGGCCAGAGGCGAAGCAGCUGCAGGAGCUGAGAGAGUUAAGGUUGAGGUAACUGAGCAUGGUAGGUAACCUGCAAUCUCAGGACUUGAGAGGCUGAAGCAGGAGAAUGAUGAAUUGGAGGCAAGCCUGAGCUACAGAGCAAGACUCUUUCAAGCAAACCCAACCAAACCUCUGGAGUAGGGGAUUGUCAUUGCUUUUCUAUAGGUAACCAAAUGGAGUGAUCUACAGAAUAGAGGAGACCGCAGGGGUCCCACAGAUGCCAGGCUGGUAGUGGUUUGGAGGGCCUCUCUCUUCCUAGCUGCUUUGGCUUUCUUCAGAUGAGCUAGUUGUCCUGGUAGGGAGACAGGAAGGCUGGCCUGUGGCCUGUCAUCUCCUAUUUCUUCUGGAUCACUAACCACCCUGGCCCUUCCCAGGAGCCUUCUGCUCAGAACAGCCAGGAGCCUGGGCUCUGGGGCCAUGAAAGGCUGAAAUGCUCAGAGCUGAACCCAUGUUCCUUUUAAAGGAAUGUUCCCAUCCUUCAGACCCUCAAAAUUCUGUUUUCUCUGAUACUACCCAUAUAGACAGUAGAGACUGCCAUGUGGGUAGACAGAGUGCCCUGAUACAUCAACAUUGCCGAGAGUCUUUUGCUCUCAUCCAGACUUCAGUUGUCGAACCUAUAGAAUCAGGAUGGACAGUCUUCCUGGACGAACAACCUCUUGAUUGUAAAUGGCGUGUGCUUUUUCAGUUGUUUUGUUUUUGCAGUGUAAGAAAAUAGCAGAGAAGGAAUGAGAGCUUAUUAUAAUCAUAAAGAAUAGUGUUCCUGGCCACGCCCUCAUAUCAGAAAACUGAUCUGGAUUUUCCUUGAUGUGGACUGCUCUAGUCUAUAUAUUUCUGUAAAUGUGAUGAAACGAGGAUGCUUGUGAAAAGCUUCUGCUAAAAGAUUUCUGUGUAUACAAAAUAGUAAUAAGGCUGAGGGUGCAGAUUUCAGAUUUUGGAAUAGCCAAAUUAAACCCUAAUCUUGGGGUUCUGCUACUACUACUACUACUACUACUACUACUACUACUACUACUACUACUACUACACUUUUGUAUCUCAAUUGUCUGUAGAGGGUAUUCAAAUAGGCCUUGAGACACAGACUUUUCAGGAUGAGACAAGUUGCUUGUGGAGAUUGCAGAGGAGACGCACAUGGUGGGGGAAACAGCCCCAAGUUUGGCCGUGAGGAAGAAGAGAGCUCGCUAAACUGCUUCCUCUUCUUAGGAAUUCCCAGCUCUUGGAGAGCAAGGAAGGAGCAAAGUUUCCAAUUGCAGCCUGGCCUGCAGCCCAACUGGCCUGGCCCCUCCUCCUUGGCUCCUCCUUCUAGGGAAGGGCUGAAAAAGAAGGGGUGGGGGUAGUGACCCGGCAGCACUGGCAGGGGGUAGGGAGGGGGACUGCCCCGGGACAGGUCCAGACUCAUGGAACCCCCCUGGAAGAGCAGCAGUGUGGAGGGUGAUGCCCCAGGCAGUGACCUGAGCACAGCGGUUGAUAGUCCUGGGAGCCAACCCCCCUACCGGCUGAGCCAACUGCCCCCAACCAGCAGCCACAUGGGGGGCCCCCCUGCUGGCGUGGGCCUACCUUGGUCUCAGAGGGCUCGCCUCCAGCCAGCCAGUGUCGCCCUGAGGAAGCAGGAGGAGGAGGAGAUAAAGCGCUCCAAGGCCCUGUCAGACAGCUAUGAACUCUCCACAGACCUACAGGACAAGAAGGUGGAAAUGCUGGAGAGGAAGUAUGGGGGCUCCUUCCUGAGCCGCAGGGCUGCCAGGACCAUCCAGACAGCCUUUCGCCAGUAUCGUAUGAAUAAGAACUUUGAGCGACUGCGCAGCUCGGCUUCAGAGAGCCGCAUGUCCCGCCGCAUCAUCUUGUCCAACAUGCGGAUGCAGUUCUCCUUUGAGGAGUACGAGAAAGCACAGAACCCUGCAUACUUCGAAGGCAAGCCUGCCUCAUUGGAUGAGGGUGCCAUGGCUGGAGCCCGGAGCCACCGGCUUGAACGGGGCCUCCCCUAUGGAGGCUCCUGUGGUGGGGGCAUCGAUGGUGGCGGAAGUUCAGUCACCACAUCUGGAGAGUUUUCUAAUGACAUCACAGAGCUCGAGGACUCCUUCUCCAAACAGGUAAAGUCUCUGGCUGAAUCCAUUGAUGAGGCCCUGAACUGCCACCCAUCAGGGCCUAUGUCUGAGGAGCCAGGGUCAGGCCAACUGGAGAAGCGGGAAUCAAAGGAACAGCAAGAAGACAGCUCAGCCACAUCCUUCAGUGACCUCCCCCUCUACUUGGAUGACCCAGUUCCUCCUCCAUCACCUGAGCGACUGCCCAGCACAGAGCCCCCACCCCAAGGCCGCCCUGAGUUCUGGGCACCAGCUCCCCUCCCACCAGUUCCUCCACCAAUGCCACCAGGGACCCGGGAAGAUGGUAGCCGUGAGGAAGGCACUCGAAGGGGUCCUGGGUGCUUGGAGUGCCGGGAUUUCCGGCUCCGGGCUGCACACCUCCCCCUCCUCACCAUUGAGCCUCCCAGUGACAGUUCUGUAGACCUGAGUGACCGCUCAGAUCGCGGCUCUGUCCACCGCCAGCUGGUGUAUGAGGCUGAUGGCUGCAGCCCCCAUGGGACCCUGAAGCACAAGGGGCCACCAGGCAGGGCCCCAAUCCCACACCGCCACUACCCUGCCCCUGAGGGUCCAGCUCCAGCCCCACCAGGACCCCUGCCACCAGCCCCCAAUAGUGGUACUGGGCCCAGUGGUGUGGCUGGAGGUCGGAGGUUGGGAAAGUGUGAGGCAGCAGGUGAGAACUCUGAUGGUGGAGACAAUGAGAGCCUUGAGAGCUCCAGCAACUCUAAUGAGACCAUCAACUGCAGCUCUGGCUCCUCCUCUCGGGAUAGCCUGAGGGAACCUCCAGCCACUGGCCUGUGCAAGCAGACUUACCAGCGGGAGACAAGGCACAGCUGGGACUCGCCAGCCUUCAACAAUGACGUGGUACAAAGAAGGCAUUACAGAAUUGGCCUCAACCUCUUCAAUAAGAAGCCAGAGAAGGGUAUCCAGUAUUUGAUCGAGCGAGGCUUCCUGUCAGACACUCCUGUGGGGGUGGCUCACUUCAUCCUGGAGCGGAAAGGCCUGAGUCGGCAGAUGAUAGGGGAAUUCCUGGGGAAUCGACAGAAGCAGUUCAACAGAGAUGUGUUGGACUGUGUGGUGGAUGAGAUGGACUUCUCCUCUAUGGAUUUGGACGAUGCACUCAGGAAGUUCCAAUCCCAUAUCCGAGUUCAGGGUGAGGCCCAGAAAGUGGAGCGACUCAUUGAAGCUUUCAGCCAGCGGUACUGUGUCUGUAACCCUGCCCUCGUACGACAGUUCCGGAACCCAGACACUAUCUUCAUCCUUGCUUUUGCCAUCAUCCUCCUCAAUACCGAUAUGUACAGCCCCAGUGUCAAGGCUGAACGAAAGAUGAAGCUGGAUGACUUCAUUAAGAACCUGAGAGGAGUUGACAAUGGUGAAGACAUCCCCCGAGACCUCCUAGUAGGCAUCUACCAGCGCAUCCAAGGUCGUGAACUAAGGACCAACGAUGACCAUGUGUCCCAGGUGCAGGCUGUGGAGCGCAUGAUUGUUGGCAAGAAACCGGUCCUGUCGCUCCCUCACCGUCGACUGGUUUGCUGCUGCCAGCUCUAUGAGGUGCCAGAUCCAAAUCGCCCCCAAAGGCUGGGGCUGCAUCAGCGGGAGGUCUUCCUCUUCAAUGACCUCCUUGUGGUCACCAAAAUUUUCCAGAAGAAGAAGAUCUUGGUGACAUACAGCUUCCGUCAGUCCUUUCCCCUGGUGGAAAUGCAUAUGCAGCUCUUCCAAAAUUCAUAUUAUCAGUUUGGAAUCAAGUUACUAUCUGCGGUACCUGGAGGGGAACGAAAAGUCCUCAUUAUCUUUAAUGCUCCUAGCCUCCAAGACAGGCUACGCUUUACCUCUGACCUGCGGGAGUCCAUUGCUGAGGUGCAGGAGAUGGAGAAGUACCGUGUGGAAUCGGAGCUGGAGAAGCAGAAAGGUAUGAUGCGGCCUAAUGCCUCACAACCUGGAGGAGCCAAGGACUCAGUGAAUGGGACUCUGGCCCGCAGUAGUCUGGAGGACACUUAUGGGGCAGGCGAUGGGCUCAAGCGGGGUGCACUCAGUAGUUCCCUGCGAGACCUCUCUGAUGCAGGGAAGCGGGGGCGGCGUAACAGCGUGGGAUCGCUGGACAGCACCAUCGAAGGGUCUGUUAUUAGCAGUCCACGCCCUCACCAGAGGAUGCCACCUCCGCCCCCACCCCCGCCGCCAGAGGAGUACAAGAGCCAGAGGCCAGUCUCCAACUCCUCAUCUUUCCUGGGCUCCCUAUUUGGAAGCAAGAGAGGCAAAGGGCCCUUCCAGAUGCCACCACCGCCAACAGGCCAGGCCUCUGCCUCGUCUUCAUCUGCUUCCUCCACCCACCACCACCAUCACCACCACCACCAUGGUCACAGCCAUGGUGGCCUGGGGGUGCUACCUGAUGGGCAGUCCAAGCUCCAGGCCCUGCAUGCCCAGUAUUGCCAAGGACCGGGCCCUGCCCCACCACCCUACCUCCCACCCCAGCAACCCCCUCUGCCUCCACCCCCUCAGCAGCCUCCACCCCUGCCCCAGCUGGGCUCCAUUCCCCCACCACCUGCCUCAGCCCCACCUGUGGGGCCACAUCGACACUUCCAUGCCCAUGGCCCAGUUCCAGGACCCCAGCAUUAUACCUUGGGCCGGCCAGGCAGAGCCCCAAGACGAGGGGCUGGAGGACACCCUCAGUUUGCUCCACAUGGCCGCCACCCCUUGCACCAGCCCACAUCCCCGUUACCCCUGUACAGUCCUGCUCCACAGCACCCUCCUGCCCAUAAACAGGGCCCCAAGCACUUCAUCUUCAGUCACCACCCACAGAUGAUGCCAGCAGCAGGUGCAGCUGGGGGCCCUGGGUCCCGGCCACCAGGGGGAUCCUACUCCCACCCUCACCACCCCCAAUCACCACUGUCCCCACACUCACCCAUCCCCUCACCCCUCCUACCGCCCCUGCCCCCCCCUCACCUCCACUCCCAUUCACCCCCACCACCCACCUCCCCCAUGGCCCACUGCACGCCUCUGGACCCCCUGGCACGGCUAAUCCACCCAGUGCAAACCCCAAGGCCAAGCCAAGCCGGAUCAGCACUGUGGUCUGAGGAAUGGAAUGAGUGUACUGGGGAACAGGAUAGUCUGGGGAAAUCCACAGGAGAGGGACCUUGCCCCUCACUUCUUCCUCGGUUUUUUCAAAAUAUAUAUACACUCAGCAGUGUCCUUCUUCCCACUUCCUCCAUAUCUCCAGACCCUUCUUCCAACCCCCAGCAAUUGCCAUGGGGUCUCCUUUCAGAUUGGAGGGCCCUUGCCACUUGCAGCCUGAGCAUAGGGCACUUGCAAUGCUGGGAAGCGGUAAGGGCCUCUCAGCAGCCCUCGUCCUCCCGUUCCUGUCUUCCUCUCCUCUUUCUUGUCCCUGGAGGUCUAGUUGGUGACCUCAGACCUCUGGGCAAAUGUGAGCUUCCUUGCAAGCUGAUGGAGAAGGCAGGCUUCUGGAGCUGCAGAGGUGAAGGCUUUCCCCAGAGCUCCUCUGGCUGUGUGGGGCUAGGAGAGAGCUCUGUAGAGCUGUGGCCAAACCUCAGCUGGCUCAGCCCUCUGACCUCAGGGCCUAGCCACACACCUCCAUGUGUCUUUCUGCCUGCUGGAGGACACAUAGACCGUCAGUCAGUGCACUCCGUGGGUGGAACCCCGCUUGUGCUGGCCCCCAAUGAGGGCAGUGCUUCCUCUCUUGAGCCAGUCUGUGCCCUCUCUCCUAAUAGGCCCCAGCCCAGACCUCUUUGGCUUCAGGAACUUGCCUUGCCCUGCAAUGUUCUUAUCCUGAUCAAAGUCCAGACAGGUUUUUACUUUGGAGGCGGGGGAGGGGGGGGCUCAGGUCUGGGAUGAGAAGGGUACUGCCCUCCCUCACCCAUAUUGCAUGCCCCCCCUUCCUUCUUUUCCCACCUUCAACUGAAGAUAAUGCACUUUACAGAUACCACCCACACAUAUCUCACUGGGGCAGGGCACCCAGCAUCAGCCCUGGGGAAAGACUCCCAGAGGACCACCCUGAGCCCAAGAUGUCCUUCCUGAGGCAGAGAUUGAAGCCAUCAGAGCAGGGGCUGCGAGCCAGAAUGCCCAAGCCCCUCUUGUUCAUCAAAAUCUCCACUGCCUCGCCAGCCCUUCUGCACCCUGUUUAUUUAUUAUAAAUAUAUUUUUUACAAGUCCCAGCUCCUCUUCUUGCCCUACAUUCAGCUCCUUUCACAGUCCCUGCCUUUCUCUCCCCUGUCCAGUACGGGCUGCAAUACAGACAGACAGAUGGACCCUCUAUGUCAAAGGGUCCCUGGGGCUUGGGGUUGUGGGAGGGUGUUGGUGGGAGGGACUGUAUGGAGAGGAGCUGGGGUUCAGACAUUGUCUUUUUCCCUCCUUGUAUAUAAGAAUGUAUAUUUGAUGCCUCAUAAAAGACCUUGUGCUCAC